CAGCUGGGGCAGCACCCUCCUCAGCUGUCAGCUGCGCAACGCUGCUCAGCCAGAGGCAACCUGGAGGGGAAGAUACCAAGUCUCCUGAAACUCAGGGAAGUGGGGACGGCUCGGCUUUGAUCACCUAAGGCUCUGCUUCAGUUCCGUUUGUCACUCUGAGGCCUCUGCUUUUGCAUCCCAGGAUGGAGUCACUCAUAGGGGUAAAACUGGGCUGCCUCUUUGCCCUGCUGGCUCUCACCCUUGUCUGCGGCCUGAGUCCCAUCUGCUCCAAGUGGUUCAAGAUUGAUGCAGCCACAGGUCGCCACCGGCGAGUCCUCAGCCUCUUGGGCUGCACUUCUGCUGGUGUUUUCCUGGGAGCAGGUCUCAUGCACAUGACUGCCGAAGCCCUGGAGGGAAUUGAGUCAGAGAUCCAGAAGUUCGUGGGGCAGAACAGAACAAGAACCAAGGGAAAUUCUUCUAAUGAUGCUGGCUCAGCCUUUGUGCAGUACCCCUGUGGAGAACUCGUCAUCUCCCUGGGCUUUUUCCUUGUCUUCCUUUUGGAGUCACUGGCCUUGCAGUGCUGCCAGGGUGCCGCAGGACAGUCAACAGUGCAGGAGGAGGAAUGGGGUGGGAAUCCUGCCUUUGACUUCCACACCCAUGAAUCUCUGCGCUCACCUAAGCAGAGUCCCUUUCGAGCCUUUGUGCUCUUGCUCUCACUCUCCUUUCACUCGGUGUUUGAAGGGCUGGCCGUGGGGCUCCAGCCAACAAUAGCCGCUACUGUGCAGCUCUGUCUUGCUGUCCUGGCUCAUAAGGGGCUGGUAGUGUUUGGUGUAGCGCUGCGGCUGAUAAAGAUAGGCACUGGAGCUCGAUGGGCCACAUCCUCCAUCCUGUCAUUAGCUUUCAUGUCCCCCUUGGGCCUAGCCCUAGGGAUGACCAUAGCUGCAGGGGAUUCUGAAGGGUGGAAGGGCUUAGCCCAGGCCAUAUUAGAGGGUCUCGCAGCUGGCACAUUCCUGUAUGUGACAUUUCUAGAAAUUCUGCCCCGCGAGCUAAGUAGCAGUGAGGCCCCUCUGGCUAAAUGGGGUUGCGUAGCUGCUGGUUUCACCUUCAUGGCCUUUAUUGCUAUGUGGGCCUAAGUGAUUCCUGACUCUUUUGAUGGAUCCAUCUACUUGGGAGGAACUCUCCCUACCCACAAGGGACACCUCCCAAGUGGCUUUGGCCCUCAGACAUUUUUGCACUAAGACAGUGACAUUUGUUAGGCAUCCCGUCCGUGGACCAGACUCCAGCUUUUUACCUACGUGACAUUCCUUUUGUCACUUAGACUGAGAAAAGGGUGUUGUUUGAACGCCUGUUCGCUGGAGAACAGACACAAAGAGCAUCACUCCUGACUGACCUCUGGUCGGAUUUAUGCUGCUAUACACAAUAAAGGCCCAUCUGACCCCUCCCCUUCA